CGCAUAUCAGCAGUUCAGUCACUAGAUCAACACACAGGACGCGUGACUGUCAUUCACGCGACCGUGUUCUUCCACCUUUUCAACGACAAACAGCAGCUUCAGUUAGGAAAAAUCAUGGCUAUAUUGCUGUCAUUGACUCCAGUGACAAUGCUAUUCGGUACACAUAGCAGUCUACGACUAAAGGCCUCCACAAAGUGCCUAUCGCCCGGGGCGACCGCAGUCGUAACAUGCUUUGCGACUUACCUGAAACAUGACGAUUUCUGCAGGACGCGAAAAUUUCCCAAAGGCGCUGUUGGCGUUGAGGCUGGCUCGGAGGAGCUCGACUGCCGGUUCUAUAUGCCUGUGUAG